ACUUCUUAUACAAUACAAGAGGUCACAUACACUGACCUUCUCUCUCUCUCUCUCUCUCUCUCUUUCUCACACACACCAUUACCUUCUUUUCCUCUUUUCACAACCAUUUGUGAGAUUCCUUCAUUGGUCUUCUCUCUUCCAUUGGAUUGUACAGAUUCCCAGUUACAAAACACACAUCAAUCUCUUCAAUUCUUGUUGUUGUGUGGUUGUUUAUGUGAAAAAAAUUUUCAAGGACUAUAAAGACAAAACUUUUCUGCGUCUAUUGGUUUCUGCUUUUUUAUGCAAACUAUCAUUCUGGGUUUACUGCAGAAAACAAAGCCUUUGAAGAAAACUAUUGUAUUUUCAGAAAAAUUGCAUUUUUAUUAGCUUUUUGUCAAAAAAAAAAAUAAAAAUUUUCCGCUCAUUUUUCUGCAAAAAUUCUUCAUAUACCUUUUUAUUAAUUUGCGGAAAAGAUUGAGACAUGGGCAAGCAAGGGCCUUGCUAUCACUGUGGAGUUACAAGCACACCACUUUGGCGUAAUGGACCACCAGAGAAGCCGGUACUAUGCAAUGCAUGUGGGUCUCGAUGGAGGACAAAGGGAACACUUGCAAACUAUACCCCUUUACACGCUCGGGCAGAAACAGAUGAUUAUGUGGAUCAAAGGGUUUCCAGGGUGAAGAGCAUAUCGUUAAAUAAGAACAAAGAGGUGACAUUGCUCAAACGAAAGCAUAACUAUGAUAAUGUAGUAUCUGGAGGGUUUGCACCUGAUUACAACCAGGGAUUCCAAAAGGCUGUAAUAGAAGAAGAUACUAGCAAUCGAUCGAGUUCAGGAUCAGCUAUCUCUAACUCGGAGAGCUGCGCACAAUUUGGUGGCAUGGAUGCUAGUGAUCUGACAGGUCCUGCUCAGUCAGUGGUCUGGGAUGCCAUGGUGCCUUCAAAAAAGAGGACAUGUGUGGGUCGUCCAAAGCCUUCUUCUGUUGAGAAGCUCACAAAAGAUUUAUGCACUAUUCUUCAUGAACAACAGUCUUAUUUUUCUGCAUCUUCUGAAGAAGAUCUUCUUUUUGAAAGUGAUACACCAAUGGUCUCUGUUGAGAUAGGACAUGGAAGCGUUCUCAUUAGGCAUCCUAGCUAUAUAGCUCGUGAAGAAGAGUCUGAGGCUAGCUCUCUUUCAGUUGAUAAUAGACAAUGCCCAAUGAGUGAGGCAUAUUCAGGUGCCAUUCUUAUGCGUAAUGAUUCUAGUCACACAUCUCAGGUUAUUGAAAAGAUCAGGAACUUUGUUGGCCAAGGAAUGCAGCAGGAGCAACUUAAAAGUGACAAGUCUCAUCUUGAAAGAAUCCUUGGAAAUCAUGAAUCACCACUUUGCUUAAUAGAUUUACAGGAUGUUGUAAAUUAUGAAGAGUUUUUAAGAAUCUUGACAAAUGAAGAGCAGCAGCGAUUACUGAAGUUACUUCCUAUGGUUGAUACUGCUAAACUUCCUGACAGCCUUAAAGUGAUGUUCAACAGUUCUCAAUUCAAAGAGAACUUGACUUAUUUUCAGCAGCUUCUUGCUGAAGGAGUUUUUGAUAUCUCGUUGUUGGGGGCAAAACCUGAAGACUGCAAGACUUUGAAAAGACUUGCAUUAUCCAAUCUGUCAAAGUCAAAAUGGGUAGAACACUAUAAUUUUCUUAAGUUGCAGAGACGCAAAAACAGAGUUGGAAAAUCUAGUACUAUGGGAUCUACUGGUACAGCAUCAACUAGUGUUGCAAAUGGCAAGGCAUCAACUAAUGUUGCAAACAUCAAGAGAAUGCGUGACAGCAGAAAUCAGAACUUUCCAGAAUUGAAGACAAUAAUGAGGAGCCCAAAAAGAGUGAUCUCAAAGGGUGGCUGUGAGGGCAAACAAGCUGUAGAAGAUGGUGCUUGCUAUAGUCCAAAAAGCCUAUUUGCUUUGCCUCCUGAUGCAAGUUCACUCUUGCUGGAUUCUUUAAACUUUGAUGAGGAGAGUGGUGAUCAAGAUCUUCUGCUAGAGGUGCCAUCUAACACUUCUUUUCCACAAGCAGAGCUUCUUCACCCAACUUUAAGCCUUGCAGCUCAAACCAGCACUAGUAGUAACUCAGUAUACUCACAUCUUCAGCAUUAGGUAAUCUUUACCAAGUUAUUUGGGUGGCUACUAUGAGCAGUUAUAUCGCAUAUUACACAUUUUAAACAUAUGAUGGUUGUGCUUCUUGUUUACUUGCAACCUUCUUUAGCUUGGAUUGCCAACGAUGCAAGUUGGGUGGGGUUUUUUGUAUAGGUUGGUAACAGAUUGUAACAUAUAGCAUCAAAUGAGGAGGGAUAAUCUCCGGAGUUUUUUGUAUGCAAUUGUAGUUUUUAUUUUGUGAAUAAUUUUGACACUUUUUUUUACCAUAGAAACCACAUUUACUCCUACAACUUUGGUGUAAACAAAUAAGACAACAUUAUGGGACGUGUGUGGAGGAACUGGACAAUAAAAUUAUCUAUAGUUAAGUUUCAUAGUAUAUGACACCCCAUACCCCGACAUUCUAAAGGUGCAUUUGAUUUGAUGCAUUCCUAUAUCGAGUGCUUAAUUGUGAUGGAUGGUCCUAGCAAAAGGGUGUUUUGUUGGAAGAAAUCAUUUAUCAGUUCAUGGAAAUAAAAUAUUACUUGCAUUUGGU